GCCUACAGAUACCCAAACAGGACAUUGACAUUCCACCAUAACCCACCGAUCAGAUCACCAUGCCACAAACCUACCUCGCUACCCCAGAUCACUCCCUGCAUCCCACUCCUUGCACGCACAUCAUUUCAUGCCCAGUCGCUCUACCGCCUCCCAGGAUGCACUUCACCGCUCCCGCUCCCUCAACUUCCUCCCAUCCCACCAAACAAAGCAACCCCUUCCAAAUCCCCCCGUAGUCGCCCA